UCAUUUCCUUACUGUUCUUGCACCUAGUUGGAUGUAAUGUUCAACAUUCAGUUCUUGUUCUCGUCUCAUCUGUGAAGGUUCUGUUGUUCCGGGUCGGUGAAAACGAACAAAGACUUGUCAAUUGAGGAGCAAAACUUUCUUUGACAAAAUGGCUGAUUUUUUACAUUCAGAAGCGGAAGAAAGCGAGGAGGAGAAGGAAUUAGACGAUAAUGAAAAAAAGAAACUGAAGAAAAUAAAAGCUAUGGAAGAAAGUGAUGAAGAAGAGGAGGAAGAUGAUGAGGAUCGUUUACGGGAAGAACUUAAGGAUCUCAUUGACGACAACCCUAUAGAAGAAAGCGAGGGAGACGAUAGUGAUGCUUCUGGAGUGUCUCAAAAACGUAAAAAAAGUGAUGAUGAGGACUUUGAUGAUCGUUUAGAAGAUGAAGAUUAUGAUUUGAUAGAAGAAAAUUUAGGAGUCAAAGUUGAAAGAAAACGUUUCAAACGCCUCCGAAGGAUACAAGAUGAGGAAUCAGAGGAGGAACAGGAAAAGGAGGCAGACGAUGAUAGAGAUGCUAUUGCAAACGAACUUUUUGAAGGUUCCGGCGAUGAAAGGGAGAUUGCUAUGGAAGAUGAAAGGCGAAGCGAACGUAGUCACAGACCUGAAGUCGACACAUUUGACGAGGAAGGAAGUGAAGGAGAAUACACCGACGCUGAUGAUUUUAUUGUUGACGAUGACGGUAGACCAAUCGCCGAGAAACGCAAAAAGAAAAAGCCAAUCUUUUCUGAUGCAGCUUUGCAAGAAGCACAAGACAUUUUUGGUGUUGAUUUUGAUUAUGAUGAAUUUGGUAAAUACGGCGAAGAGGACUAUGAGGAGGAAGAAGAGGAAGAAGAGGAAGAAGAAGAAGAUGAAUACAUGGACGAUGAAGACGCCGAGAGACCGCGAAGGCCGAAAAAACAGUUGAAAAAGAAAACUACGAGAAAAAGUAUUUUCGAAAUUUACGAACCAAGCGAACUUAAACGCGGUCAUUUUACCGAUAUGGAUAAUGAAAUACGGAACACAGAUAUACCGGAGAGAAUGCAACUCCGUACUGUUCCUGUUACGCCAGUUGCAGAGGGUUCUGAUGAACUAGACUUAGAGGCGGAGUGGAUCUAUAAACAGGCGUUCUGUCGACCAACUAUUUCAAUUCAAGAUGCACACCUAAACGCUGAGGCUAAAGAAAGAGCUCGGAAAGGGCCUCAAACGAUCGGUAAAAUUAAAAAAGCUUUAGACUUCAUGCGAAAUCAGCAAUUCGAAGUACCUUUCAUAUCGUUUUAUAGAAAGGAAUAUGUCCUACCGGAACUAAACAUUAACGAUCUCUGGAAAGUGUACAAAUUUGACGCCAAGUGGUGUCAACUUCGUCAGAGAAAAGAAAAUUUAUUAAAAUUAUUUGACAAAAUGCGAAAUUAUCAGUUAGAUGAGAUUAUGAAAAAUCCUGAUGCUCCAUUACCAGAUAACGUACGAUUGAUUAAAGAUGAUGACAUAGAACGAUUGAAAAAUGUGCAAACCAGCGAGGAACUAAAUGACGUUUAUCACCACUUCAUGUUAUACUAUAGUCAUGAGAUACCAGCAAUGCAGGAAGCUGCUCGUCAGAAGGAGAAAGAAGCACGGAAAGAAGCAAAGAUUCAAAAACGAAAACAACAAAUUGCGGAUGCCGAGGAAAACGGAGAAGAUCCUCUGCCGGAAGAGGAGCCGGACGUAGAGGAAGAAGAGGAAGCAGAUGAAACAUUGAAACAGGCUGUUCGAACUGGUCCAUAUUCUAUUUGCAGGCGGGCCGGCCUCGAUAACCUCGCAAAAAAGUUCGGUCUCACUCCCGAACAUUUCGCCGAAAAUUUACGAGACAAUUAUCAGCGACACGAAGUAGAUCAGGAACCAACGGAACCUUUAACCAUUGCUAAUGAAUACUGUAGUCAAAUACUUAAUAGUUCGGAAGAAGUACUAAAAGCUGCUCAAUUAAUGGUAGCUAUUCAAUUAGCGCGUGAACCUUUGGUAAGGAAGUGUGUCCGAGAAAUGUACAUGGAAAGAGCAAAGAUAUCUGUAAAACCUACGAAAAAAGGAAUCAAAGAGAUCGAUGAAAACCAUCCAGUUUACGGGAUGAAGUAUUUGAAGGAUAAACCAGUGCGAGAUCUGGUUGGAGAUCAGUUCCUAAAUUUGGUUAUAGCCGAAGAAGAUAAAUUAAUUACGAUAACAUUGAGUGAUAGCAUCGAAGGGAAUACUAGUAACAACUAUGUUGACGAAAUGAAACAACUUUAUUAUCGAGACGAGUUUAGUAAAAAUGUCCAGGAUUGGAACGCAUUGAGAGUUGGGAGUGUUGAAAUGGCACUUACACGUAUUGUUUUACCGAGUCUAAAGAAAGAGCUAAAAGCAAAUCUUAUUGCAGAAGCUAAAGAAUGCGUAAUGAGAGCAUGUGGUCGUAAAAUGUACAAUUGGAUUAAAGUUGCUCCUUAUACCUGUGAAUUUCCAGAGGAAGAAGAUGAGGAAUGGGAUACCAGUAAAGGACUUCGGGUAAUGGGUUUAGCUUAUGUCCCAGAAUACUCUCAAGCCGCAUUCACUUGUCUAAUCGCACCGGAUGGGGAAUGUACAGAUUAUUUGAGAUUGCCACACAUAAUGAAACGAAAGAAUAGUUACCGAGAGGACGAGAAAGCUAUGAAAGAAGCCGAUUUGUUAGCAAUUCGAAAUUUUAUAGCAACAAAAAAGCCGCAUGUUGUAGCUAUAGGUGGUGAGUCGAGAGAGGCAAUGAUGAUCGCGGCUGAUAUUAAAGAAUGUAUUGCGAACCUAGUAGAAGAAGAACAAUUCCCAAACAUUAAGAUAGAAAUUUGUGACAAUGAAUUGGCUAAAAUUUACUCGAACAGUAAUAAAGGUGUAUCUGAAUUUCGGGAUUAUCCGGAAUUAUUGCGACAGGCUAUCUCAUUGGGCAGGAGAAUGCAGGAUCCCUUGGUGGAAUUUUCUCAAUUAUGCACCGCUGACGAAGAAAUUUUAUGUUUAAAGUAUCACAACUUGCAAGAUCAAUUGCCGAAAGACGAACUUUUGGAUAAUUUAUAUUUAGAAUUCGUGAAUCGCGUAAACGAAGUUGGCGUUGAUGUGAAUAAGGCGGUACAACAAGCUUAUUGCGGGAAUUUAGUUCAAUUUGUGUGUGGUUUGGGGCCGAGAAAAGGACAGGCAUUGAUCAAAAUGUUGAAACAAACCAAUCAAAGGUUGGAAAAUAGAACUCAGCUUGUAACUUCUUGUCACAUGGGACCUAAGGUUUUUAUUAACUGUGCGGGUUUUAUUAAGAUAGAUACAAACAGUUUAGGAGACAGCACCGAAGCGUAUGUCGAAGUCCUUGAUGGGUCUCGAGUACAUCCCGAAACGUAUGAAUGGGCGAGAAAAAUGGCAGUCGACGCUUUAGAAUACGACGACGAAGAUGCUAAUCCAGCCGGAGCACUGGAAGAGAUUCUCGAAUCUCCUGAAAGACUAAAAGAUCUUGAUUUGGACGCGUUCGCGGAAGAACUUGAAAGACAAGGUUUCGGCAAUAAAUGUGUCACUUUAUACGAUAUCAGAGCAGAAUUAAAUUGCAGAUAUAAAGAUUUACGUGUACCAUAUCAGUCACUGAGCGCGGAAAGGUUGUUCGAUAUUCUAACGAAGGAAACCCCGGAAACAUUUUACGUAGGGAAAUUAGUUUUGGCCACAGUAAUAGGAAUAAGCCAUAGAAAACCGCAAGGUGAUCAGUUGGAUCAAGCCAAUCCCGUAAGAAACGACGAAACUGGAUUGUGGCAAUGUCCAUUCUGUUUGAAAAAUGAUUUUCCGGAAUUAUCCGAAGUAUGGAAUCAUUUUGACGCCGGAGCUUGCCCCGGCAAAGCUACUGGCGUGAGAUUAAGAUUAGAUAAUGGAAUAUCUGGUUAUAUUCAUAUAAAAAAUUUAUCUGACAGACACGUUGCGAAUCCUGAAGAGAGAGUAAGCAUAGGACAAAUAAUACAUUGCCGGAUAAUAAAGAUUGAAGUGGAGCGAUUCAGCGUCGAAUGUACAAGUAAAAGUAGCGACCUCGCGGAUAAAAAUCACGAAUGGAGACCACAAAGAGAUCCGUUUUAUGACACAGAAGCAGAACAAAAAGAUGCGAAAGUCGAAGAAGAUGCCAAGAAAGCGAAGCAACGGCAGACAUAUGUGAAACGCGUAAUCGUACAUCCUUCUUUUCACAACAUCAGUUUUGCAGAAGCUGAAAAGUUAAUGCAAACUAUGAAGCAAGGGGAAGCAAUAGUUAGACCGAGCAGUAAAGGUGCUGAUCAUUUAACUGUCACAUGGAAAGUUACUGAUGAGAUUUAUCAGCAUAUCGAUGUUAGAGAGGAGGGAAAAGAAAAUGCCUUUUCUCUCGGUCAAAGCUUAUGGAUUGGAAACGAAGAAUUCGAGGACUUGGAUGAAAUUAUUGCGAGACAUGUUAAUCCUAUGGCUGCAUAUGCUUCGGAAUUAUUGGACUUUAAAUAUUAUAAACCAGCUGUAGAAGGCAUUAAGGAUAAAGCGGAAGAGAUAUUAAAGGAACAAAAGAAGGAAAAUCCUGGAGGAAUUCCGUAUAUAAUAUCUGCUGCAAAGAAUUAUCCUGGAAAGUUUUUGCUAUCUUAUCUUCCGCGAACUCGAUGUCGUCACGAAUAUGUAACAGUGUCACCAGAAGGAUUUAGGUUCAGAGGGCAAAUGUUUGGUAGAGUGAGCGACUUGUUCCGAUGGUUCAAAGAACAUUUCCGUGAUCCGGUACCUGGACAAUCUACUCCUAGUACUCCACGUGGAGCAAUGACAUCUAGAACACCUUAUCAUACAACGCCAGGAGCAGUGAGUGGAAUGAAUCAAGAAGCCAUACAAAGAGUGGCGCAGAAUCUUCCGCAUCAUAUGUUACAUUCUUUAUCGCAAGUGGCGAAUCAGACUCCUCAUCAUUAUCCACCACACACACCAGGAACUGCGAAUGCAGCUGGUUAUGGUGGAGUUCAUACUUAUCCUAAUACUCCGUACACACCUUCGGGACAAACACCUUUUAUGACACCAUAUCAAACACCACAUCAUACUCCACAUCAUCAUGGUCAACCAACUCCAAGAUAUGGGCAACAAACACCCAAUCAUCAGCAAGGUCCUUUCAUUCAUCCACCUCCACCUUCAGGGAUAAAUUCUACAGGACAUCACAGAUCAACACCAUCGCAUAGACCUACGCCUCCAAUGUCAACACCAGGCGAUCCUAUGGAUUGGAAAAAAGCAGCGGAAGCAUGGGCACGGUUAAAAAGUGGACCACGUGUGUCUACCUCUACUCCAAGAUAUGAAGAAUCUAGAAGAACUCCACGAAAUUACGAAGAAUCGGUUGGAAGAACAACGCCACGAAAUAGAACUUCGAAUCGGACACCUUCUUAUAAAUCUCCUCGAGGUACACCACACACUAAUUCAAGUCCUCGAAGUAUGUCUCUUAGUGGAGAUGGUACUCCUUUAUAUGAUGAAAGUUAACAGGUUCGCUUAUACAUAAUAUAUCAUACUUUCCGAUUAUAUCAUAUCACGUGAUAUAAAAAGAAAGAUAUUGAUAGAAGUUGAAAAAGAAUCGUGACCUAUAUCUCAUACAAAAUGCUCCUAACGUUGAGCAUUAAAAGUACUGUAUAAAACCAUUUACCGAGCCCAUUUGUUAACUUUAACAGCAUUUUCUGUUACGUUCAUAUACUUAAAUAAACAAUAAAACAUAUAUAUGUGUGUGUCACAUAUGUGUGUACGUGUGUGUGAAUACACACGAUACAUAUAUGUAUAUAUAUAUUAUAUAUGUAUAUAUAUGUUAUAUUAUUAAACUACA